GUACAUAAAUACACCACACCUCGAAGCCCUCCAUUGCAAGUUUUGCAGUGAAGUAGAAAGCGAUGGAGAAGAGCAAGAUGAGAUGCAUGGGGCUUUUCCUGAUGGUGCUCCUCGUCCUCGCUGCCCAGGAGGCGGAGGGGAGGGUGUGCGAGUCCCAGAGCCACGGCUUCAAGGGGGCUUGCGCCAGCAACCACAACUGCGCCCUGGUCUGCCGCAACGAGGGCUUCUCCGGCGGCCGUUGCCGUGGAUUCCGGCACCGCUGCUUCUGCACCAAGCUUUGUUGACGGCCAAUGCACGUGCAUGCAACCGAAUAACGAAGUGUUGGAUGACUAGCUGAGGCUGGUGUGUGCCGUGUCGUAGUGAGUGAGCGAGUGAGCCAAAUAAAUAUGUUCGAAGAUUCUGAGUUCCUUAGUUUCUAAGCUUUCUAGGACUUUGAUGUGCUUUGACCAUUCACUGUUCUCUCUCUUCUAUCGCUUUGCGUAAUUUCUUGAUUCGGGGUGAAAUGUGUUUCAUGCUUCUGUUUUCCA